AAGCCAGAAAGUUGUUUACGUUUCUUAGUUUUCAUCAGUUUUCAUAAUUGCGUGCAACCACAAGCAACAUGCGUAUAGAAACGUGUUAUUUUUGCUCGUCUCGGAUUUAUCCGGGACACGGAAUCCAAUUUGUAAGGAAUGAUUGCAAGAUAUUUAAAUUUUGUCGAUCAAAAUGCCAUGCUGCAUUUAAGAAAAAGAAGAAUCCAAGGAAAGUGAAAUGGACCAAAGCAUACAGGAAAACAGUCGGCAAAGAAUUGACGGUCGAUCCAGCAUUUGAAUUUGAGAAGAGAAGGAACCUACCUGUUAAAUAUAAUAGAGAAUUUUGGAAUAAUGCAAUUGAGGCUAUGAAGAAAGUAGAAACUAUUAGGCAGAAGAGGCAGAAUUUACAUAUAAUGCAACGUUUACGUAAAGGACGCGAAAUAGAACAAGAAAGGGAUAUUAAAGAAGUCCAGCGUGAUUUGUCGCUUAUAAGGUCACCUGCCGCAGGACUUAAACAAAGGAAGGAACUAGAAGAAUCUGUCGAACAAGAAGAUAAGUUGCAAGAGUCCAAUGAUGAACAAGAGGAAAUGGAAGUGAAUUAAUUCAAAUCAUUGCUUAAGUUUGUAUUUAUAAUAAACAAUAACUCAAAUCAAAUGAUACAUUCAUUUUCAUGUUAAUAAGCAUGUAUUGAAAAUGUAAAUAGAACUUAUGUUAGACUUUGUGUUAAUAAAACCUCAUUUAUAUUUUA